CUUCCUCUCUGUUUUCUUUUUCAUGGAAACUCGUACCAAUACUCGGCUGGAUAAUCAGGACGCUCAGAUCAAACAAUUGCAAACCAAUGUCGCUGAUAUCCGUAAUUCAAUACAGGCUCUAGAUGUGGAUGGAGCAGAAUCCAGUGAGUUUCAGAAGGUAGUACUCGCGUGGAUGUCGAGGCAGGAGAAGAAAAGUAUGAGUGAUUCGUCGGGAUCUGGGGCUUCCGGUGGGGAUCUCACGUUUUCCGGCUUCCGUUCCGGAUCUGGUCCAUCAGACACCUCGGAUUCUGUUUCUCCUCUUCCCUGGGCUGUCAAAAAGGUCGAUUUCCAAACAGAGUUGCUUCAACGUUUCAGUGGGUUAGAAAUUCAGAACCCGUAUGAACAGUUAGCCACAAUCAAACAGGGGGAUUCCAUUUAUGACUAUAUCGAUGAUUUUGAAUAUUUCCUUUCUUUGGUUCCACGGUUGCCCGAAUCACAGUCGAUUGGGUAUUUCAUUGCUGGAUUAAAAGAUGAUGUGAAGAAGUGUGUUCGUCUUCACCGUCCUCAAUCACCUCUUGACGCCAAGUACUUGGCUAAAGACGUUGAGCUGAUGCUUCACCCCAGUUCAGGUCACUCGUCCUUGGGCCGUUUCCAAUAUCUUAACCCAACUGGCAACCCAACGUUUGGGCUUAAAGAUGGGCCACAGUUAUUGGGCCGUUCUGAAUACAGGCCUUUCUUUUCGUCCAAAGUUAGUGAACGGGUCUCUUCUCCUAAGUCGGAAUCUUCCAGGUCUGUGCUAAACCCUAAACUCUCUUUCCCAAUAACUGAUUGUGGGCCAAGUUCAACGCGAGAUCGGGGUGUUCGAUCACUCUCGCGAACGGAAUGGGAAGACCGUCGAAAGAAGGGGUUGUGUUUCCGCUGUGGUCAACAGUACGGGCCCACACAUAAAUGUCCAGAGGGUAAAUUGUGUGUUUUGUUAUUGGGAGAUGAUAAGGAUGACACUUCACAGGGAGAGAAAUGUUUGCUACAAUCUGCAUCGUCUUCGGCUUCCGAUAGUGACAUGGAUGGUGCUCUGGGGACCUGUAAUGCAUGAGAGUUUGCGGGUUCAUUGGCUUCUAUUGAACUCUCUAUGACGAUGAAAUUGGAAGGUACUCUGUUGGGCCUUUCCAUUUGUUUAUUGGUAGAUAGUGGAGCUUCCCAUAAUUUUAUCUCUAGAAGGUUGGUGGAGGCAUUGGGCUUAUCUUCUCAGAAGUUCAGUGGCAACAAAAUUAAAUUGGGGGAUGGUCAUUUUGUGUUUGUAUCUAAGCGGUGUGUCUCUCUUCAGGUCACUAUUGGCCCGUGUUCAUUCUAUGUAGAUGUGUUGGUAUUUGACACUGGUUCCUUGGAUUUCAUAUUGGGUUUGGAGUGGUUCAAAUCUUUGGGGGAGUUGGUACACGAUUGGCAACACUCUUAGAUGCGUUUUAAUUAUGGGGGUGUUUCGGUUCAAUUACAGGGCUUGCAAACCGGUCCGUCUGCUCUCACCGCCUUGCAUCAGUGGCUUUCUAUGGAGGGUACCUUGAUGUCGUCUUCCAAUAAGGAAUUCCUCUCGGCUCCUCCUCCACCCACCACUUCCCAAAAUUCUGCUUUGUCUUCCCUCCUUCAACAGUUUGCUGAGGUCUUUCUUCCUCCUACUUCUCUUCCCCCGGUUUGUUCCCAUGAUCAUCACAUUCAAUUAUCAACUUCUGAACCGAUUUGUGUACGUCCCUAUCAUUAUCCACAUUCUCAGAAAACAGAAAUUGAACGACAAGUUCAAGAGUUGCUUCAAAUGAGUAUGAUUAGACCAAGCAAGAGUGCUUUUUCUAGUCCAGUCAUUUUGGUACGAAAGAAGGAUAAUUCUUAGCGGAUGUGUGUUGAUUACCGCGCUUUAAACGCCGCAACAAUUCCUAAUAAAUAUCCUAUUCCGGUUGUUGAUGAGCUACUUGAUGAGCUUCACGGUUCCACCUAUUUUUCUAAAUUGGACCUUAAAUCGGGGUACAACCAGAUUCGCAUGCGGCCCGUUAGUAUUGAACAAACUGCUUUCCAUACUCAUGACGGUCACUACGAGUACUUAUUCAUGCCGUUCGGUCUUAUGAACGCCCCGGCCACCUUCCAAGCGGUAAUGAAUGACAUUUUCCGUUCCCUUUUACGGCGAAAAGUGGUUAUUCUUUUAUGACUUUCUUGUUCACAGUCCCUCUUGGGAGGACCAUUUAGCGGAUUUAGUGGAAGUUUUUCAGAUCCUAUUGUUACAUCAAUUUAAAGCGAAUCCCAAUAAGUGUUGUUUUGGUCAACGAUCUAUAGAGUAUUUGGGUCAUAUCAUUGACGCCAAGGGAGUGGCCAUGGAUCCCAAGAAGUUUUCGGCAUUGUGGGAUUGGCCGGUUCCCUAAACAUUGAAAGCUCUUCCGGGUUUUUUGGGAUUAACCGGUUAUUAUCAGACAUUUGUCAAGAAUUAUGGUGCUAUCACUCGCCCCUUAACGGAUUUAACAAAAAGAAAGACUCUUUUUUAUGGUCCCCGCCUUUGAAUUACUCAAACAAGCUUUAGUAUCGGCUCCGAUACUCGCUCAGUCGCUCUUCCUGAUUUCUCUCUUCCUUUUGUAGUCGAAUGUGAUGCGUCGGGCUGUGGUAUUGGGGCUGUUUUAAUGCAACAUAAAAGGCCAAUCGCUUACUUUAGUAAGGCCCUGCGUGAUCGUAAUCUGUCCAAAUCAGCCUAUGAAAGAGAGCUCAUGGCACUGGUAUUGGCUAUCCAACAUUGGCGGCCGUAUUUGUUGGGUUCUAAGUUCACGAUGUGCACCGAUCAAAAGAGUCUAAAGUUCCUUCUCCAACAACGUGUAGCGUCAUACGAUCAACAAAAUUGGGUGGUGAAAUUGUUGGGUUACGACUUCGAUAUUCAAUAUAAACCGGGUCGUGAAAAUCGUGCUGCCGAUGCGUUAUCUCGUCGGGCAGAUUCGGGACAGCUUCUUCAAGCUAUUUCUUCUCCGAUUUGGCUACAGGGGGCUUUAUUAUUGGAUGGAGCUAAACAAGAUCAUGAAAUUCAGGGGUUAAUUGUCAAAUGUUUGGCUACACCGGAUAAAUGUGUGGGGUAUUCAGUAAAAAACAAUGUGUUAUUUUAUCAAGAUAGGGUGGUCAUCUCUCGUCAUUCUAAGUUCAUUCCCGCUCUUCUCCACGAGUUUCAUGUUACCACUUCGGGUGGUCAUUCGGGUUUCUAUCGUACGUACCAACCUUUAGCUACAAACGUUUAUUGGCCGGGGAUGACAGCCACCAUUAAGAAGUUUAUUCGGGAAUGUGAUAUCUGUCAACGAUGUAAAGCGAGUUCCGUGUUACCUGGGGGCCUUUUACAACCGUUGUCUAUUCCCGAUGUCGUGUGGGAAGAUCUUUCAAUGGAUUUUAUUGUGGGGUUGCCACCUUCUAAAGGAUUCACAGUUAUUCUCGUGGUAGUGGACCGGUUAUCGAAAUAUGCUCACUUUAUUCUUUUAAAACACCCCUAUACCGCCAAAUCUGUGGCUGAAGUUUUUAUUAAGGAAAUUAUUCGUCUUCACGGGAUUCCUAAAUCUAUUGUGACUGAUCGGGACCCUUUGUUUGUAAGUAAAUUCUGGCAAGAAAUCUUUCGGUCCAUGGGUACUCAACUUCAAAUGAGUUCCGCUUAUCACCUGGAAUCUGACGGUCAAAUUGAGGUUAUCAACCGUUGUUUAGAAUCUUAUUUGAGAUGCUUUGCAGUGGAUCAGCCUAAAACCUGGUCCGUAUGGCUUCCAUGAGCAGAAUUUUGGUACAACUCAACCUUCCAUGCGUCUACGGGUAUGACCCCUUUUGAGACAGUUUAUGGCAGGCGGCCCCCUUCGGUGUUCCAAUUUAUUCCGGGUGAAAUCUGUGCUGAAUCAGUUGCGAGGGAACUGCAGGAUCGUGAUUAAGCUCUAAAGCAACUUAAGCUUCAUCUCUCUAACGCUCAGGGGGCUAUGAAGUUAUAAGCCAACAGAAAACGGUGUGACGUGCAAUUUGCAAAUGGAGAAUGGGUGUAUGUUAAACUGAAACCGUAUCGACAACUUUCCGUUGCCAGCCGUAUCCACCAGAAGUUAGCAGCAAAAUUUUUUGGGUCGUUUCAGAUUGUGGAAAAGGUUGGGCCUGUGGCCUAUAAAUUGCUUCUUCCUGCUACUUCUAAAAUCCACCCUGUUUUUCACGUUUCUCUGUUAAAAAAGGCGGUCUCGGGUCCAACUGAUGCAGCUCUUCCUCCAGAACUGGAUAUGGCAGACUCUCCUCAUCUGCUACCUCAAUCUGUGUUGGCCACUCGUGAUGUUCGCGAUGGGUCAGAUUUGGUGGAGCAAUGGUUAGUUCAAUGGCGUGGUCAUACGGUGGAUGAUGCGUCGUGGGAGGAUGCCGAAUGGGUUAAGACCCAAUUUCCUGAUUUCAGUCUUGGGGACAAGACUGAUUUUGAAGGGGUGGGAAAUGUUACGAAUCGGGUUGGCCCCAAAGAGCUACUUGUAUAUUCCAAAAGGGGUAAAGUGCAAAGUGGCUAAGAAUUAUCUUGAGGAGAAAGUUAAUAUAAAUAGGAGGGGAAUAUUAUGAUUAGUCAAUUAUGAAUUUUGUUAAAGUUUAGUAGGCUCUGGCAUCAUGCCAUGAGGAAGGGUAUACCCUGGAACUUGUUAGUUGUCAUUUUCAUUUUCAUUUCUCUUUUCUUGUAAUUCCUUUACAUUCAAUUAAACAUUCCCUUCCUAUUA